UAAAAGAAGAACAGGACUUUGAAGUCUACAAAAGCUUGACGUCUGCCUCGUAAAUUCAGUGUCUCCUUCAAAGCCCUGUUUACUGUUUCAGUGUGAGUCUAAAAUGGAAGAAAACAGCAAGACCGUGUCUGUGACGCAGAAGAAGAAGGUGCAUCUCUUCUAUUGCUUGGACUGCGAAGAGCUCGCUCGGAAAAUCGCCGCUCAAUCCGACCUCAUCACUCUUCAAUCUAUCAACUGGAGGAAUUUUGCUGAUGGAUUCCCAAACCUCUAUAUAAACAAUGCACAUGAUAUCAGAGGUCAACAUGUUGCUUUUCUUGCAUCCUUCAGCUCGCCAGCAGUUAUCUUUGAACAGAUAUCUGUCAUAUAUUUACUACCUCGGCUCUUUGUUGCUUCCUUCACUUUGGUGUUGCCUUUCUUUCCCACUGGCUCCUUUGAGCGAAUGGAAGAAGAGGGGGAUGUAGCAACUGCUUUUACCAUGGCAAGGAUUUUGUCAAAUAUUCCAAUAUCAAGGGGUGGCCCAACUAGUUUAGUUAUCUAUGAUAUACAUGCUCUACAGGAAAGAUUUUACUUCGGUGAUCAUGUUUUGCCUUUGUUUGAGACUGGAAUUCCUCUUUUAAAGAAACGACUACAACAGCUUGCUGAUGCUAACAAUAUAGUAGUUGCUUUUCCGGAUGAUGGAGCUUGGAAGCGUUUCCACAAACUGCUGGAUGAGUUUCCUGUGGUGGUGUGCACCAAGGUUCGUGAAGAUGACAAGAGAAUAGUUCGGCUCAAGGAGGGAAAUCCAGCUGGUUAUCAUGUAGUCAUUGUUGAUGAUUUAGUACAAUCUGGAGGUACUCUUAUUGAAUGCCAGAAAGUUCUGGCAGCUCAUGGUGCUGUGAAAGUGAGUGCUUAUGUCACUCACGGUGUUUUUCCUAAGCACUCAUGGGAGCGGUUUAUGCACCAGAAUAAUGGCUCGGAAAAGGCAUUUGAAUACUUCUGGAUAACUGAUUCUUGUCCACAAACUGUGAAGGCGAUAGGAAAUAGAGCUCCUUUUGAAGUAUUGAGCCUUGCAGGAUCAAUUGCAGAAGCUCUGCAGAUUUGAUUGAAGGGCUGGCUCAGAAAAUGCUAAUAAUAAUCUCUUCAGCUAAUUGUGUAAUAAUUUUACGACUCAAAUUUUCACCAUUGUACUAUGCAUGAAUAUGCACGGAUUGUUCACUUGUUCAAGAGAAGUGAAAGGAUCGCUUGGUUAGAUUGUUGCUGACAGUCUAUUAAAUUGUUCAAGAAAGAGGUAAAUUUGGAGGGUAAUGUUACGAACUUGAUGUAUGGUUUGGA